AUGAAUCGUACAGAGGGGAAAAGGAAGAAAAAGAGGAAAAAGAGGAAAAAGAAGGAGAAGGAGAAGGAGAAGGAGAAGGAGAAGAAAAAGAAGAAGAAGGAGAAUACGGAGAAGGCGAAGAAAAAGAAGAAGAAGGAGAAUACGGAGAAGGCGAAGAAAAAGAAGGAGAAUGCGGAGAACACGGAGAGGACGAAGAAAAAGAAGAGACAAAGAAACACAUCAACUGCAAAUGAAAUCAGUUAA